AAGUGGAGUGUCUCUUGUGUAAGCGGAGUCCAAGCUGCUCCAACUGUCGACUGUUGGCUGUCGAUUCGCCGCACAAUCGUUGGUGAGCUCUGCCCCAAGCUGGACGCACGCACCAUCGCCUACCGCCCGCUGACACUUGGGGGCCAUCAGCCGCCGCUUAUGGCCGAAUUGCCGACGGCGCCGAACGGCGUCUCAAGCGGCGACUAUCUCCAUCGAUCCAUUGACCAGCUGCGAUCCCUCACGCACCUCACCACAGCGGAUCUGCGCACGGCACAACUGGUCCAUGACUACAAGCCUUUCAACAUCAAUGAGUUUCGUCAGAAUGUGGUGGAGCGGCUGGACUACAGCCUGAAGAAUGGUCUGGUGCAUCACCAACAGCAACAGCAGCAGCAGCAACAACACCAGCAGGAGAUGUUGCAGCAGCAGCAGCAGCAUCAGGCACAUCAGGAGCAGCAGCAGCAGCAACAACAGCAACAGCAGCAUCACCACCAGCAGCAGUCGCAGCAUCUAAAGUCCAGCUACAGUGCGCCAAGCUCUCCGCCAACGCCACACGAGCAGCAGGAGCAAAAGUACGAUCCCAAUAGAUCGCCUCCGCGGCCGCUCAUGAGCAGCGGCAGUAAUGCCUCGUCGCCAGAAGAUGAUCGCAGGGGCAGCGGCGGAGGAUCUGGCGGCGGUGGAGGAGAUGGGGACCAGGCAAAGCCCUACAAGUGCGCCUCGUGCAGCAAAUCCUUUGCCAACUCCUCGUACCUGUCGCAGCACACGCGUAUCCAUUUGGGGAUCAAACCCUACCGCUGCGAGAUCUGCCAGCGAAAGUUUACGCAGCUGUCGCACUUGCAACAGCAUAUCAGGACGCACACGGGGGACAAGCCGUACAAGUGCCGGCAUGCCGGCUGUCCCAAGGCCUUCUCGCAGCUCUCGAACCUUCAGUCGCACUCGCGAUGCCAUCAGACGGACAAACCCUUCAAAUGCAACUCCUGCUACAAGUGUUUCGCCGAUGAGAUGACGCUGCUGGAGCACAUACCCAAGCACAAGGACUCGAAGCACCUGAAGACGCACAUCUGCAAUCUGUGCGGGAAAUCCUACACGCAGGAGACGUACCUACAGAAGCAUCUGCAGAAGCACGCGGAGAAGGCGGAAAAGCAGCAGCAACGGCACACCAGUCAGGUGGCUGCAGUGCAGCAGCAUGUGCCAUCGGGUGGAAUCGGUUUGAAUCUGCAGCGACAGGCAAUGAAUGAUGUGAAUGCCGCGUAUUGGGCCAAAAUGGGGGCGGACAGUGCGGCUGUGUCGCUGGCAGAGGCCAUUCAGCAGCAGCUGCCGCAGGCGAAUGGCCAGCCGUACGCGAACUUUGCCUCGCUCCAGCAGCAUCAGCAGCAACAACAGCAGCAGCAGCAGGAGAUGCUGCAGCAGCACCACCAGCGGCUGGCGGAUACGCCUGGACAUUCGCACAGUCCGCAUGAAGACCCCGCCGGCGAGGAUCUCGUCCUGCGGCAGACGACACCACAGCAUCACCUGCAACAGCAACAACAACAGCAGCAGCAGCAUUCACAGCAGCCCUCGCCUGGGCCUGGAUCCUCGGCUUUCACUCCACUCAGCGCCACGGUGCCACCCUCACAUCUUCAGCAGCAUCGUGGAGCUCCAGCGGCCACGGCGGCCUACCUCUACCAGCAGAAUGCGGCAGCGGCGGCCGCUGCCUUUCCCACGCAGCUCAUUUCGCUGCAUCAGAUACGGAACUAUGCGCACCAGCCAGGGGCAGCGGGACUCAUCGCUGGCGAUCAUCUAACCCUGGGCCUGAGCGCCGUCCAGGCGGCCAAGGAGAAGGCCCAAUAGUACAGGCCUCAGCGUGGCCACAAAAGGCAGCUACGAUGACAUUAGUUUUAGGUUUCAACAGGACCUUUAAACCGGGAUGAAUUUCCAGGAACUAAAUGCGGAAUUCAUUCCAGUUUAAACACUCGAAAGUAUGUUUACAUUAGGCUUAGUUUAGGCACCAGUUCAAGGCAGUGCAGGAGCUGAAACUUCCAUUUAGUAUUAACCUUUGUGUAUAGACUUCCAAUCGCUUUAGAAUCUGGAAAAGUAUUGAUUGCUUUAUUCCACUGCUAUAAAUCUCACACUCCAAACGCCUCCAAACACUGCCCAAAAAUAAAAACGAAGAAGAGCUGCAACACGCAGCUCCUCUCUGCCUUGAACUGCAAAGAAUUUGAAGAAUAUAAUAUAUUGUAUAGGAUAUGCGUAUCUAGGACAACUCAGGAUUUUCAAGUAUCGUUUAGAUGAUAUUUUAAUGACCCUCUAACAUCUUUCUAGCUAUAAGAAAUCUCUCCAAAAAGUAAAGUUAAACUCUGAUGUACUCGAAAAGAAAAGCAAUAAUUCGGUUGAGUAGAUCACAAGUUUUUCGCAAGCCAAUCCGAUGAUAGGAGCCGUACAAAGUACGGCGGAUACAUAAUGUAAAUCUUAUGUAUGUAUAUGUGUGCUGUACGACGUAUCAUAUUAGCCAUAAGCGAAAAACCCUAGCGAUAUUAUCUUUAUUUAUCAAAACAAAUUAGUUUAAGAACUAAAAAGUGUAUUUUCUACCUAAAAACAAAAACAAAGAAAAGAAACGAAUUGUAUAAUAAAUUUGGA